CAACAACCAUCAGUUUAACGUGGGAAUCCCCAUCAAAUUGGGAACCCAUUUGAAAUAAUCGCAAAAUUGUGCUCGUUUCGUUCUGUUAUCAAUCAAUUAAUAAAAUGUUCUCCACAGCAAUUAUAAUUAUUGCUCUACUGGCAAAUGCUGCAUGCCCUGUUAUAUGUUACACCCUGUCCCGUCCACAAGACUACACUUCAGGGAGUUAUACACCAAGUGCCUUCAAGUCCUCUAAAGAUCGUCAGGAUUUAUUGACCUCGAGCUAUCCCACCUCGAUAUCCCCUCGUUACUCCUCAGUGUACGGAAAUCCAUCAUACCCAGAGGGUUCGCAAUCCAGUGGGUACAGUCCCUCAUCUGCGAGCACCGCAGAAUCCCUGAACACCCUGACAGCAUCAUACCAGAGUGACUCAGGAUCCGAGAGCAAUUACUCUCCCCAGGGUGCAACCCUCGACUACUCGAGUCCUCACACCUCAGGUUCCGUGGGUUUCUCAGGGUACACAGGGAGUCAGGGUGGAGGGCAAGACCUGGGGCUUGAAUACGCGUCACCAUCGACUGUCUCGUACACCUCGAAGGCGACGUCCUACACGAGUGGCCAGAGUAACUCAUCCCCUGGGAACUACGGAGGGCAUUCAGGGUCCUACCAGGGGUACUCAGGUUUUCCAGGAGGUAGACACCCCGAGGGACACCAGGGGACUUUCCCUGAGAGCCACAGGCUAUCCCAAAUGCCGAAUGCCCUCAAAUCUCUCAUGAGCAGCAUCCACAGAGACAACCCUGGGAGCUACCACGCAGCACCAAAUUACAUCCACUCAUCCCUUCCAAAUUCCAAUUACAAACAGCACACAUCUUCAGGGCAGUUCUUCGCUGGGGGAUUCCCUAAAGCUCCUGGGAAAAUAAUCAUCAUCAAGGAUGGACCUGGGGCGCAUGGAAUUAUGAAUCCUGAAAAUUAUCCAUCGGGAAUGUUCGCAGGAGGCUCCGGGUACAAAGUCAGGAGUGCAGGGCCUUUUUCAUCUGGACAUCACUAUCCCUCUCCCAGCUCUAGCUACACAUCGGGGUAUUCAAAUAACGGACAUCCCCCUGCUGGACCUGGCAGCUAUUUCGGAUACUCGUAGGGCGUGAGAAUUUCUUCACAAAAUUUUGUAUUCAUUUUUUCUCCACUAAGUUAUUAUUCUUUAUUUAUUUUUGUUAUUUGAUUCAUUUUAAUGUAUACGAUCGUUGGGGUAAUGUU